CGACUUUCAAGUUCCAAUUUCCAAUUUCCAAUUUCCAAGUUCCAAUUUCCAAUUUCCGACCGACCCCCUCGCUCUCGUGAGUCCCAUCCUCAUUUGCCCUUUCCCCCUCUCUCUGGUCUUCAUCUUCCCCUCAAAUACAAAAACCCACUUCAGAUCAGACACCUAAUUUCUUUACCUUUUGGGUUUCCCCAUUAAAUAUGUAGGCACAACUACAUUUACAUCUACAUCUGAAGACAUACUAUGUAGAAGCUAAAGAAUCCCCAUUUCCAGAGAGCAAAACCCAAAACCUUCCUUUCCCCCUCCCUUCUCUAAAAUUUCUUCCUCUUUUCUCUUUUCCUUCUCUAAAGAAGGCCAGAGAGAGAGAUGGGGAUGCCUGGUUCUAGAGUUAUCUUCUCACACUUCGUCUUACUGUCAGUUGUUGCUGCUAUUUUCAUCAAUAUCAACCAAUCAAGGGUUGCCCAUGGGUUAGUGGAGGAUAACAGCAGCUCUACAAUGAUGCCUUUGAUCAAGCCUGGAAUGGUUGGGUCUAUGGUGAUGAAUGAGACUCGUCGGCGGUUGGGUACCUUCCAGAUAUGUGCUCUAUGUACUUGCUGUGGUGGGCCAAAAGGGCUUUGCUUGCCCUCUCCUUGCUGCUAUGCCAUCAACUGCAACAUCCCAAACAGGCCCUUUGGUUUCUGCUCCUUCACACCCAAGACCUGUAAUUGCUUUGGAUGCCAUCUUUGAUCUCUCUUCUUCAGCUUCUUCUUCUUCGAAAUCUCAAUCUUUCAUUUUGGGGUUAUUUUAGUUUAGGGGUUAUGGUUCUGGAAGGUGUGUGAAUGGAAGAAAGGGUGAAAAAGGAAUAUCUGUUCUUGUUUAUUUGUUUGUUAUUAUCUUCAUUGUUAUUAUAAUUGUUAAGGUCUUAAUGCUGUCUAAGUGUCUGUCACUCUGUCCACAGCCCCUACCAGUAAGUAGUCCAUUACUUCUCCUUGGGAGUCUGAGACACCAAAGUUUUGCUUAGUAAUGUCAUUAGACUUUAGAAUAAAAUAAAGAAAAAUGAAACAUUUGUCAAAA